CAAGCCGACGGCCCCCGCGGAGGAGAAGGAGACGGGACUGAAAUGUAGAGCUGGCAUCUACUUUCCCACCGUUUAAAGGACGCUUUUAUAUACAUAUACCCACCUAGAGGGCCUUCAUGAAGAGCCCCGAGUUAUUAACACUAUUAUUAUGUCGGAGGGAGCAGUCGCAGCCCGGUGCUUGCUGUACACAGUUCGUCUAUUUAUUCCAGUCUGAAGCAGGAAUUCAGAUACAAGACUUCCGAGUAGAUAGAAAGAUUAACUAAUCGUUUUAAUACGCCGAUUUCUUCUUGUCACCCGUUCGCAUUUUUGUACUCCUUUAUUUUCCUUUUUGUGGAGAAAGAUUGUAAGGUCAAGCCACACGGAAGCAAUGUAUAACACAGUUUGGACAGCGGAAAAAGCCGGCGAGGAAGGGGACUGGAGGGACGUGAUGAUGCCCUACUCCACGGAGCUGAUAUUUUAUCUGGAAAUGGACCAACCGCCAGCUCUUCCUCCGAAGCCAGCGAAGCCGCAGCAGCCCUCAUCAGUCGGUGUGGGAGGGGGCAGCAGUAACGGCACCAAGGAUGGAGGAGCAGGAGGCUCACUGCAGGAGGCUGAGUGGUACUGGGGCGACAUAUCCAGGGAGGAGGUGAAUGAUAAGCUCAGAGACAUGCCCGAUGGGACCUUCCUGGUUCGGGACGCUUCCACCAAGAUGCAGGGUGACUACACACUCACACUGAGGAAAGGGGGCAACAACAAGCUGAUAAAGAUCUACCAUCGGGACGGGAAGUAUGGCUUCUCCGACCCCCUGACCUUCAGCUCAGUUGUGGAGCUCAUCAGCCACUACAGACACGAGUCUCUGGCUCAGUACAACACCAAGCUGGACGUCAAACUCAUGUACCCCAUCUCCCGCUUCCAGCAGGACCAGCUGGUAAAAGAGGAUAAUAUCGAUGCUGUUGGGAAGAAGCUGCAGGAAUACCACAAUCAGUACCAGGAGAAGAGCAAAGAGUACGACAGACUGUAUGAAGAAUACACCAAGACGUCACAGGAGAUCCAGAUGAAGCGAACGGCCAUCGAAGCCUUCAACGAGACCAUCAAGAUCUUCGAGGAGCAGUGCCACACGCAGGAGCGCUACAGCAAGGACUACAUUGAGCGCUUCCGGCGUGAGGGUAACGACAAGGAGAUCGAGAGGAUCAUGAUGAACUACGAGAAGCUCAAGUCUCGGCUCGGGGAGAUCCACGACAGCAAAGUGCGGCUGGAGCAGGACCUGAAGACGCAAGCCAUGGACAACCGGGAGACGGACAAAAAGAUGAACAGCCUGAAGCCCGACCUCAUACAGCUCCGCAAGAUCAGGGACCAGUAUCUAGUCUGGCUCAAUCACAAAGGAGUUCGUCAAAAACGGAUUAACGACUGGCUGGGUAUCAAGAACGAGAACACUGAUGAAGGCUACUUUGUGAGCGAGGAGGAUGAAAACUUGCCUCACUAUGAUGAGAAGAGCUGGUUUGUCGGGGACCUGAACAGGACACAGGCGGAGGAGCUGCUAAUCGGGAAGCCGGACGGAGCGUUCCUCAUCCGAGAAAGCAGCAAAAAGGGCUGCUACGCCUGCUCUGUAAAUGUCGAAGGCGAAGUGAAGCACUGCGUCAUCUACAGCACACCGCGCGGCUUCGGCUUUGCUGAGCCCUACAACCUGUACAGCAGCCUGAAGGACCUGGUGCUCCACUACCACCAGACCUCCCUGGUGCAGCACAACGACUCGCUCAAUGUGCGCCUCGCAUACCCCGUCUACGCACAGAUGCCCUCCGGACGCAGAUGAACCCCACCCACCCGACCGCACACCCCUACAUAGACAACAAACCAACCCCCUCCUGGGGAAGGGAGAACGGAGCGAGUGAAGGAGGAGAGAGGGGGGAUUGGUUGAAAUACAGAGCAACGCUAACACCAGACGCGAUAAAGAUAGAAACAAAUUAAACACUUGCUGCAACACACACGUCAGCCACCUUGGAGUUAUAUAUUUUUACAAGAACAAUUUCGGAGGGCAUUCUUUCUAAAGACUGCUUGAUUUGCACAAGGAAGUUUUAAAUGUUUGUGAAUGUGAAAAAAAAAUAAGCGACUGAAGGAAGAAAGGAAGGAAGGAAACGAAGUAGGAGACUUCAGAGUUUCAGGUUGACCCCCGCUGCUACCUAAACUCCAGCUCAGACUUAUUACCAGUAACUCAAAAACCACGCAAAUGACGACGAAGAUGACAAGAAAACAUUCCCAUUUUGAAUUUUUUUUUUUCAGUUUUUUUUUUUCACCUCAGAUGAUUAUAUUUCAACCUCUCUGUUUGUUUCUGAAGUCGUUUUCAUGUUUCUUUUUGUUUCUCAUAGCUUUGUGGUAAAUGCAAGAGGAGAUGAUAUCGAGUGUCUGUUCUGUCCCUCUCUGUACGAAAAGCAUAAAUAAUGUAGCAUAAACGAGACAACGGACACUUGUUUAAUGAAGUGUUCCUCCAUGUAGACUGCUGCUGAAGGGUUAAGGGGGAGGGUGGGGCACUAGCGACACGUACAGUUUUUGUAGUCUUAAAAGAAGGACGAAAGGCUUGCUUUUAUACUAACUGUAGAGGGGUUUUUGUAUUAUUUUUGCUUUGCUGGAACAUAAUUUUUGUCUUUUUUUUGCCAAUGUGUAAAUGGCAAUGUCACAGAACAGAACCAGAGACCAAAGUUGGUGUGGAGAUGGGAGGG